AUGAAGCUGCAACGAUUGCUGAAAAAUAACAUAGAGUUUGUGACAAUAGAAGAUCGGAAAAAUCAUUGCCACUGUGAACUCUGGGAAGGAAAACGGUGCAUUGGACAGUUUAGUCAGCCUGAGCAAGAUGAAAUAAGGAUGAAUAUUCAAGAAAUGACACCCUUCGAGAAAGAUCUAUUAUUGCUUGGAAUGGUAAGCAUGGCAAUCAACGAUUCAAAGAUGACCGACCGAUCAAAGAAGAAAACUCAGACGGAAAGGGCGCUUACCAGAAUUCGCUGGUUCUUCAUGGGUCACAAACGGAUAUGUCGAGACACAUGGAUAUAUCUAAUGGAAACAUCAAGGGACACAUUAACAAAAAUCAAGCGUCACUAUGAGGAAAACGGCUUGGUUCCAAGAGUAAAGAAAUCAGGUGGACGGUCCAAUAGCAAACAUGCACUGGUGUUGGAUGAUGUUCGAAACGUGACCAGGUAUAUAUUAAACUUCGCUGCAGAUCAUGCCAUACUCCUUCCAGGACGUAUCCCAGGAUUCAAGAGGUAUGACAUAAAAGUGAUCCCAAGCAAUUUUAACAAAACAGAGGUGUGGCGCCUCUACCGUGCUGCUGCAACACCAGAUCAACGAGUCGUUGGAUGUUCCACAUUCAGAAAACUCUGGGCACGCCUCACUCCCUACGUUGUGAUAGCCAGGCCUGCAUCUGAUCUUUGUUGGACAUGCCAAAAGAACAAUAACUUGAUUGCGAAAUGUGUGAAUGUAGAUGAGCAGUCCAAGUCAGAGGUAUUGAGAAAACAAGAACAGCACCUUCAUCUUGCUAUGAUGGAACGAUUUUUUACCAAGCCAAGUGCAGUGAUGCCAAAACAACAGCUGCAACACACGGGAUUUCUAGGUUGGAACCAUGUAGACCAAACUCAAAGGACAUACACUUCAACUACUCCUUCGAUUAUGCACAACAGGUGCACUAUCCUGCCGAUCCUCAGCAACCUGGUCCAAUAUACUUUAAGACCCCUAGGAAAUGCCAGGUGUUCGGUAUACAUGCAGAAGGAAUACCAUGUCAGAUAAAUUAUUUGAUUGACGAAGCUGUUUUUAGUGGCAAGGGGGCAAAUGCCGUCAUCAGCCUUCUACACCAUUUCCUGGGCAACUAUGGAAUUGGUGAAAUGCACCUUGAUCUCAAUGCAGACAACUGCAGUGGCCAAAACAAAAACAAUUGUGUAAUGUGGUACCUUUGCUGGCGUACUCUUGUGGGACUUCAUACUACAAUUCACAUGCAUUUCAUGUUAGCAGGC